UAAAACUUGCAGCGGAAAGUCACCUAUCCAUUUUUAGAAACUAAACGAAGAUGCAGGGUUUGCGAUAUUUGCUCCUCCUGAUGUCCAUCAAUUUUGCUACUUCGGGUGGGCUUUGCGAGGGGAAAUCUUUAGGCGAAAUCGCCCGUUUGGAAGAUGCAAUGUUCAUUCAGGGAGAAGAGCAAAACCUUGAGAUAGAAAGUGACUUUAACUCCAAACUGGAGAACUAUUUGGGCUUCAUGAAGGAGGAUUUUUUAAGGAAGCUGAAUUUAUCAGGCGUGCCGCAAGAACACCGAAAGGUUCAGCCUCCUCAGUUCAUGAUCGAGCUCUAUAAUAAAUAUGCUUCUGACAAGACUUCCAUCCCUCGGUCGGAUGUCAUCCGAAGCUUCGUCAUACAGGAUGUUAUUUAUUCCAUUAGACAGGGCAACAAAACACAACACAGACUGCUAUUCAACGUUUCCAUCCCAAAUCACGAAGAGAUCACAUCAGUCCAGCUGAGGCUGUUCACUCUCUGGGAAAGGAGUAAAAUCAGCUGCGCUGAUCUGUUCGCUUCCAUCAAUGUUUAUGAUGUAGAUUAUGAGCAGAGCGCAAACAUUUUAAAUCUUCUGGAUGGGAGAGACGUAACCGAGGGCAAAAACACAUGGGAGGCUUUUGACGUGAGCAGGGCUGUCCGGAGCUGGCAGGAAUCUGGACGCGGGGCCGGCGAACUCGAGGUGGACAUCGAACAAGGCUGUGAAGCCCUGGACAUAAGCCUGGCUUUAGAGCACAACAGCUCGGCGGUCUUAAUAGUUUUUUCCGAUGAUCUUGGGAACAGAAAGGGGGAGUCGAUGAAAGAGGUAAAGGAGAUGCUUCUUCAUGAGAAGGAGCGGGUAUUUUCGGACGAUCACGUUCCUGUGAACCAGCACCUCAGGAGAAAGAGGAAAGCGACAAACAAUUACUGUCGGAGAACUUCUCUGAAGGUGAACUUCAAAGACAUCGGAUGGGACAAAUGGAUCGUGGCGCCGCCCGAGUACGAUGCUUAUGAGUGCAAAGGUGUGUGUUAUUUCCCCCUCACAGAUGAUGUAACCCCCUCCAAACAUGCAAUCAUCCAAACUCUGGUUAACUUGAGCAAUCCCAAAAAGGCAAACAUGGCAUGUUGCGUCCCAACCAAGCUGGAUCCGAUUGCAGUUAUGUAUCAAGAAAAGGGUGUCAUUACGGUCCGACAUCUCUAUGAGGAGAUGAAAGUAGCAAAGUGUGGAUGUAGGUAGUUUUGCUUGCUUAUCCAUGCAUCUGUAUAAAACAUCUUUGCAACAGCAUUUGUUUUAUCGUUCUGAUUCGCAGUGUUGGGAAGGUUACUAAUAAGUUACAGAUUACAAGGUACCCUGUUUAAAACUAUUGCAGUUACCUUAUUAAAGUAAUGUAACUGAUUACAUUUGAUUACUUUUCUAAAAUUUCUACAAUGUAAAAAGUGAUAAGUUGACUUAACUUAAAAAAAUUGAGGAACCCGUUGCCUUAAAAUUUUUAAGUAAAUGAUAAUUAAAAAAAAUAAGUUAAUUGAAUUAAGUUCACUUAACUUUUUUUUUUUAAUUAUUAUGUACUUAAUAAUUUAAGUACAUAAUAGUACAUAAUGUUUUAAAACAUUUAAAGCAGACAGGGUUAACCUUACAGUAGCACUCAACACUGAUUACUAUCAAGACUGUCAAAAUCCUUUAUCACUUGAAUUAAGAUUAUAAUAAUUUAAUUUUACUUUUUUUAACUGCCUACACACAUUUUCAAAACUUGUCACACAAAUCCAAGAAUUGCACACAAAAUGCAAAAUGCCUCGCAUCUCUUGCAUUCAAAAUAUCACAAACACAUCUCAAAACCAAACACCUUUGCCAUAAUAUUAAUCCCUAUUAGUUACAUAGAGAACUGUGUGUUGUGUUUUGCAAAAAGUGUUUUAUGAAAUUGAAAACUGAGUCAAAAGCUUAGAAUUAGUGUCUGGUUUUGCAGAUUUGGUGUGUUUCUGCUGUUUGAGUGACAGCUUUCAGAAACUGUGUGACAAGGAAAGAUUUUGUGUGGAAUCAGCUGAAGAAGAAAAAAACUGUAAAGCACAGCCACCACAAAAACAGACUUUAGCACCUCUUCUUGUUUUGAGAUCAUUCUGAGGUAAAAUACAGAUUUAAAAUGAUAAGAUAUAGUUUCAUAGUUAUGAUACUCUUUUUGAAAUCAAAUCUUUGCAUAGCUACGACAAGAAACACUGGCAUCGAACAAUGCUUUGGAAAAAAACGGUUCAUCUUAAAAAAUAAAUCAUAUACAUAAACACAAAUAGGAAAUAAAACAGUUAUCAAAUAAUCAUGUGUCCUAUUCUGUGUACUAAACUCCAGUCAAUGCAAAUUGGGAAAGAAAUCAAUUAAGUGCGUGUGUGUGUGUGUGUACUGGUUUUUGUGGUUUACGGGGACAAAAUUUGUAUAAUAACAUGGGUAUGACAGAGGUAUUACAAUUUGAAGGUGGUUUAUGAGGACGCUGCCUAUGUCCCGUAAAACAAAACGCUUAAAAAACAUACUAAAUGGUGUUUUUUUUUAAUCUAAAAAUGCCUGUAGUCUCCUGUAAGGGGUAGGUUUAGGUGUAGGGUUGGUGUAGGACAAUAGCACAUACAGUAAGUACAGUAUAAAAACCAUUACGCCUGGAGAGUCCCCGUAAACCACUAAAACAAACAUGUGUGUGUGUGUGUGUGUGUGUGUGUGUGUGUAAAUAUUCAGAUGUAAUCCCCUCUGUAAUAAGUAACUAAUUUAAUUACACAACUGUAACCAAUUACAGUUACAUUUAUUUUAUAUUUAAAUUACGUAAUUCCGUUACAUGUAACUUUACUCCCCAACAUUACCCAUUUGUGAAAUACACUCUUAAAAAUAAAUGCUCUAAAGGGGGGUUGUUGCAAUGCAACAGAACCAUUUUGGGUUCCCCAAAGAACCUUUCAGUGAACAGUUUUAAAAGAACUGUUUUAUCCUUAUUGUGAAGAACAUUUUAAUAAUCCGAAAAAGCUUUUUUUCGAUGGCAUCGAUGCUUCC